AUGAUAGCGGUUGAUUUACACCCUGAUGAUGAUGAAGUGCCUGAAGUGUGUAAUUCUAAAUUGGCGUUUAAUGUUUCUCCAGAUGAUAUAGUUCCAACAAUACCAAUCCCUAAUAUGCCAAACAUUACUAUUACUAUUGAUAAAUUUGAAAAAAAGGGUGAAGGAAUCAAUGCAUAUAUUGUUUAUAAAAUAGUAACAAAGACUGAUAAUGUUCUGGGUUAUUCGAAUAAAGAAUAUGUUGUUUGGCGACGAUUCAGCGAUUUUCUCGGUUUGCAUGAAAAAUUAAACGAAAAGUAUUUUCAUAAAGGUAUAUUAGUCCCAGCGGCACCAGAAAAAAGUUUCUCUACUUUAACGAAAACAAAAUUAAAUCAGAAUGUUGAGGAAACAAAUGCAAAGGCUCGUUUACUUCAACGGUUUUGUAUGCGUAUUGCUCGACAUCCGAAGCUUAUAUCAGAUUGUGAUUUCCGCGAUUUUCUUACAAUGGCUACAUCAUUACCUAAGGCUAAUUCAACAGCUGCUCUUAGUAGUGCUGGAGUUAUGCGUAUGUUCAAAAGUGUUGGCGAUGUUUUUACAAAAAUGGCAUACCAUAUGGAUGAAAAUGAUCGUUGGUUUGAAUCUGCACAACAACAGGUGAAUAUGGAUGAUAUGGAACAAAUGCUGUCGAGAUUUCUUCGUGCAUUUGAAUCGGUUGCUUCGUAUCGGCGUGAACUUGCGUCUGGAACAGAAUCGUUUUCAAAGGCGCUUUCUAUGUUAGCAUCAUGUGAAGAAAAUACUGGAUUGGCACGUGCACUUUCGCAUUUCACUGAAACGCACGAAAACAUUUCUCAGUUGCAUAAUGCCCAAGCAGAAAAAGACUGUUCAGUGAUGAGCGAAGCAAUUCAUGAACAACUUCAGAUCAUUUACACUCUUAAAGAGCUUUUCUUUGAACGUGUGAAAAUUUGGCAAAAUUGGCAAACAGCGCAACAAAAUUUAACGAAAAAGAGAGAAUUAAAAGCACGUCACGAAUUAUCUGGUCGUAAUGAUAAAAUUGAACAAAAUGUUGACGAAGCAGAAAGAGAAUUUGCCGAAGUCAGUAAAACAAUUCGAGGUGAAUAUGAAAGAUAUUUGAGUGAAAGAAAAACUGAUUUGGCUGCAAUCCUUUCACAAUAUAUUAAUGGCCUACUUGACACCCAAUAUGCACUUCUUGAACAAUGGGAAAAAUUCGCUCCAGAAGUUCAUGCAAUAGCAAUCUCAUAG